ACAAGGGGGACUUCUGGGGUGUUGGUAGUGUUCUCUUUCUCAGUCUGGUGUUGUUUAUGUGGGGUGGGUUCAAGUUGUGAAAAUUCAUUGAGCUGUACAGUUAUGAUAUAUACGCUUUCUACAUAUCUUAAACUUCAAUAAAGAGAUUACACACCACCAGAGUAAAAGUAAAAAACCUUCCUUUUAUUCAGCAAACAUUUCAGUUCCCCCCCCCCCCCUUUUUUUACUAGGCAUUGCUCUGGGAGUUUGGGACACGGGCUAGGAAAGAUGUCAUCAUUGCUUCUGCAUUUACUGGGAGGCAGGUAAAGAUAUACUUACAAUAAUAUGGCUGAUAUUUGCUGGGCUCUAUCAGAGACACCAUAGGGCGCCAAGGGGCACAGAGAAAGCGCUUCUAACCUGGGUAUUUUGCCGUUCUAGGGUUGCUACUCCAGUACUUUCGAAAGUCAGGGAAAUGGGCAGAGGGAGAUGGCUGAGAACAGCGGCAAACAGGGAAGGUAUGUGGGUAUAGAGUUGUCAGAGCCUCUAGUUUUGUUUUGCUUUUUUUCCUUUUUUUUCUUUUUUUUGGAAAAGCCACAAAUCUGAAUUUUUAUGUGAGAUCUCUUCAGUUUUAAGUGCUGUAAAUGAAUCCAAGUUUUCAAAUGUGGGAGGCCAAACACAACACCCCUGCAGGACAAUUUGGCCUUGGCCUACCAGCUUGCCAGGCAUUCUGCCAACCAGCCAUCCCUCCUCAGACCAAAGACCUGAGGGUCCACUCUUUCAGGCUCUGGGAAAUCUAGCAAUGAGCGAGCCAGACAACUUUCUUGCAUUGUGGGGGUGCCUGGUACCGUGCUUCUCAAACAUCAGGAUGUGUGGGAAUCACCUGGCAUUCACACUGAAAGGCAGCUUUCUCACUCGGGAGGUCUGGGGUAAGUAAGGCUUGAAAUUUUCUUUCUAACAAGCUCCCAGGUGAUGGUGAUGCUGGUGAUCACUGAACCAUAUAUGCUUUGAGUAGAGUUGCUCUAUAUUCCGGAGGGGCUUAGGAGCAGCUGGCAAGCACCGUGUUUUUACUUGAGUUUUAGUUUAUUGGGGUGUCUUGGAGCUGAGGACAUCAGAGGCAAGUGCUUAAGGCUGCGCUGCCAGGUCUCUAUUCUCAGAGGCUAUAAUCUAGAAGGCAGGUGGGGGUGGAGGAAAGUGUUAGGAAAAGCUUCCUGGAGGAGGUGCAUGGGAACUGCAGGAACCUCCCUGGCCGUCGAGAAGGGGAGAAGCCCUGAACUCCCCCUCUCCUCGGGCUGGGUUUCUGUAUCCCCACGCCGUGUACGGUUUCCCAGGCAUCCCACGUGUCUGCGCCCAGCGAGUGCCUGUCAAUCAAGUUUCUCUCCUACCCCGGGCUGGGUAGGGUUUAAAAGCAGCAGCGGUGCAGAGCGCUCCCAUCGUGCCGCGCGGCGGGCGGGUUUGGAUUUUAAAUCCCCGCGGCCAAUCAGUGGCGCGCAGGCUCUUGUAACGUUCCCGGCGCCGCGUUUGAAUUCGAGGAGGAGCGAAGCGGUGCCAGGUCUCUGCCCAGACUCUGCUAGGUUUGCGGAGCAACUCCAGGAACAUGAGUGCGGCGGCAACUGCAGGGAAGCUGGCGCGGGCACCAGCCGACCCAGGGAAAGCCGGGGGCCCCGGAGUUGCAGCUCCCGGGGCUCCAGCGGCCGCUCCGCCGGCGAAAGAGAUCCCGGAGGUCCUAGUGGACCCGCGCAGCCGGCGGCGCUACCUGCGGGGACGCUUUCUGGGGAAGGGCGGCUUUGCGAAGUGCUUCGAGAUCUCGGACGCCGACACUAAGGAGGUGUUCGCUGGCAAAAUCGUGCCUAAGUCGUUGCUGCUCAAGCCUCACCAGAAGGAGAAGAUGUCCAUGGAGAUAUCCAUUCACCGCAGUCUCGCCCACCAGCACAUCGUAGGCUUCCACGGCUUUUUCGAGGACAACGACUUCGUGUUCGUGGUGUUGGAGCUCUGCCGCCGGAGAUCUCUCCUGGAGUUGCACAAGCGGAGGAAAGCACUGACGGAGCCCGAAGCCCGCUACUAUCUUCGGCAGAUCGUCCUUGGCUGCCAGUACCUGCACCGAAACCGGGUCAUUCACCGGGACCUCAAGCUGGGCAACCUUUUCCUGAACGAGGAUCUGGAGGUGAAAAUAGGGGAUUUUGGACUGGCAACCAAGGUCGAAUAUGACGGGGAACGCAAGAAGACCCUGUGUGGGACUCCUAAUUACAUAGCUCCUGAGGUGCUGAGCAAGAAAGGGCACAGUUUCGAGGUGGACGUGUGGUCCAUUGGGUGCAUCAUGUAUACCUUGCUAGUGGGCAAACCACCUUUUGAGACAUCUUGCCUAAAAGAGACUUACCUCCGGAUCAAGAAAAAUGACUACAGUAUUCCCAAGCACAUCAACCCUGUGGCCGCCUCCCUCAUCCAGAAGAUGCUUCAGACAGAUCCUACUGCCCGCCCAACCAUUCACGAGCUGCUCAAUGACGAGUUUUUUACUUCUGGCUAUAUCCCCGCCCGGCUCCCCAUCACCUGCCUCACCAUUGCACCACGGUUUUCAAUUGCUCCCAGCAGUCUGGACCCCAGCAACCGGAAGCCUCUCACAGUCCUCAAUAAAGGCAUGGAGAACCCCACGCCCGAGCGGCCCCGGGAGAAAGAGGAACCAGUGGUCCGGGAAACCAAUGAGGCAGUCGACGGCCACCUAGGCGACAUGCUGCAACAGCUGCACAGUGUCAAUGCCUCUAAGCCCUCAGAGCGGGGGCUGGUGAGACAAGAGGAGGCUGAGGAUCCCGCCUGCAUCCCCAUCUUCUGGGUCAGCAAAUGGGUGGACUAUUCAGACAAGUACGGCCUUGGGUACCAGCUGUGCGACAACAGUGUGGGGGUGCUCUUCAACGACUCGACACGCCUGAUCCUUUACAAUGACGGCGACAGCCUGCAGUACAUAGAGCGUGAUGGCACAGAGUCCUACCUCACUGUGAGCUCCCAUCCCAACUCCCUGAUGAAGAAGAUCACCCUCCUGAAGUACUUCCGGAACUACAUGAGUGAACACUUGCUGAAGGCAGGCGCCAACAUCACACCUCGGGAAGGCGAUGAGCUCGCCCGGCUACCCUACCUGCGCACCUGGUUUCGCACCCGCAGUGCCAUCAUCCUGCACCUCAGCAACGGCUCUGUGCAGAUCAACUUCUUCCAGGACCAUACCAAACUCAUCCUGUGCCCGCUGAUGGCAGCCGUGACCUACAUUGAUGAGAAGCGGGACUUCCGCACGUACCGCCUGAGCCUGCUGGAGGAGUAUGGCUGCUCCAAGGAGCUGGCCAGCCGGCUGCGCUACGCCCGCACCAUGGUGGACAAACUGCUGAGCUCCCGCUCUGCCACCAACCGUCUCAAGGCCUCCUCGUAGGCCUUCCUCCCCUCCGGACUGGUGCCCCUCCCACCCCCACCAGCACCUCGGCCCGUACUGGUUAGCUCCCAUGGUGCUGUUUUCUAGAAUGUGGCCCCCGGCCCUGGGGGCUGGGAAGAGCUACAUUAUCCUUGCUGAUGGGUGUCUCCGUGUAAGUUAUUUUUGUACAUGUUCCGGUGUGGGUUCUAUGGCCUCUUUCCCUUCCCUCUCAACCCCGCCAUGUGAAUUGUACAGAAUAUUGCUCUUGAAUCUGGGACUGUCCUUUCCUUGCCUUUAUAUACAUUAAACACGUGAAUCUUC